CUGUCCAGACUCCUUGAUUAAAGAGCUUCAUCACUUCAGGAUUCUGGGAGAAGAACAGUACAACCGCUACCAGCGCUACGGGGCCGAGGAGUGUGUGCUGCAGAUGGGAGGAGUUCUGUGUCCAACUCCUGGCUGUGGAGCGGGUUUGCUUCCUGAACCAGGAAUGAGGAAAAUUGUAUGUGAACCAGGCAAUGGAAUAGGCUGUGGGUUUGUGUUCUGCCGUGAAUGUAAAGAAGAAUACCAUGAAGGGGAAUGCAGCUCUCUCCUCAGCACAGAGGGAGCCAUGGCCCAGAAGGGAUACAUCGUUGAUGAACAUGCAGCCAUGCAAGCUCGAUGGGAAGAGGCAUCUAGAGAAACAAUUAAGAAGACAACCAAGCCAUGCCCCAGCUGCAAUAUUCCAGUAGAAAAAAAUGGUGGCUGCAUGCACAUGAAAUGUCCUCGCCCUCAGUGCAGAUUUGAGUGGUGCUGGAACUGUGGCCUGGAGUGGAACAGAACCUGCAUGGGAGAUCACUGGUUUGAUUAGUGGUGCUGAGGCCAGCCCCUGUUGCUGCUAAAGCUUGUUUUCAUCGGGGCCAAAUUCUGAUCUCCUUACUUAAACAAAAGUCUCAGCGGUUUCAGGGACACAGAGUUCAGAAGUUGGCCCAGUUUGUUGGUUUUUGCUUUCUUGCAUAUGCAAUCAUACCAAAAUCACACUGAAGUUAUGCCAAGGGUUUUAAAUCCACUAAGUAAAAAAGAGUAACUGUUUUAAUGGACAGACUUGUUCAUCAUGGUAAAAAAGAGGAGUAAAUUGCGCCUUUCUGAACUUGUGCAGUCUGUCAGCAUGGAGAGCAGACAGGGUUACCAUGAGGAACUUUGCUUGACAUAUAGAGUCAGGAAUCCGUAACUCUUGCAAGAGAGAGCAGUCUGCGUAUGUGUGUAUGAGUGCAUGAGCAUCAAGAGGGGUGGAGAAUGUUCCCUGCAUCAGCUGUUUUUUCUUUGACCGCUCCUUUGCUCAUUCAGCACAAUUUUUGAUUUUGAGGCAGUAUUUCUUAACACGCUUACUGCAAAAAUGUCCAAUUGCUAAAAGCAACGGAGUAUUCAUCUGUCUAAGCUGCAAAUGACAUUAAAAGUCUGAAGAAACAAAGGGAUGAAGGUAUGAGGCACCAAAAAAGGGAGUGAACUGGUAGACUAGACACACAGGCUUCAUUUUUUGUCAGAGGGAAGACUGUGGCUCUUCAGUGUUUUCUCAGGGUUCCUUCCUAUCAGGCUUUCUGUAGGAGUCAUGCUUUCAAACCAAAUUCUGAUAGAAACAUAGAAUCACAGAAUCAUAGAAUGGUUUGGGUUGGGCUUUACGCUAUAUUUGUGGUUGUGUAUUUGUAACAUAUGACACGAAACCUGCCUACGUACUCAUUAGAGGCUUUGUGACCAUUGCAAGAUUAGCUAAGGAUGCAGUUUCAGCUCUAACCGUGACUGUUGCAGCGGUGACUGGAUCCGAUUAAGUGUUGUGCAAGCUAGCCUCACGGGGCUUCAUUUUUCUUGCACUUACAGCAAUUCUUCGGACAUGGCAAAGGGAGCCAGGACGAGACUUCUCAGGGGUUUUCUCCAUCAUCAUUCUCUUAAAUUGAAUUAGAAUAUGGGUAUAUUUCUGAAAAUACAUUCAUAGCUCAAACAGUGUGAGGCAGAGGGACAUCUUUCAUUUUGCAAUGUUAACACAGUAAGUAAAGCUUACUAGCGUUUCCGAGCCUGAACAAUCUCACUGUUUGCUGUGCUUUACACUGCUGUCUAUUCUGAAAUGAAAUGGGUACUGUCCACAUCCAACAUGCCAUGUAAGGAUUUGCACAAUUCAGUUUUGGAAAAAAACGCACAAUAAAUAAAGUGGUCAAAAUUUUAAACGUA